AUGUCGUCUUUAGACCCAAGUGGAUGCAAGAAAAGGAAGAGAGUAGAGAGGGUGUUUAAGUUCAAGGCGUUUGGUGAACAAGGGUACCCGAUAGAGAGCUGUGGCACCUUCCGUGAUAAUGUGAAGGCCCUUUUGGAAUAUGGAAAUGUCGAAAUGGCAUUUGUGAAUGGAAUGACAUUUUGGUCCUUUCAGCUUGAAGUUCAUCGCCACCCUCCUUCUCAUGUCUUGUUAUUUGUUGUGGAAGAGUCAGUUGAAGCAUCACUAAAUCGUCAUUGCAAGCAUUGUAUAUAUGUUGGGUGGGGAGACCAUAUGAUAUGCAAUAAGAAGUAUCAUUUUUUGGUUCCAUCAAAGGAUACAAUGACAGCUUUCUUGAGUUAUGAAGGAAAUCACAGCAACAUAGUAAUGGGUAAGUUGAAUUUUGUGGAAUUAAAUGGGCAUACAAUGCAUGGUGUGUUGCACUCUAAUGGAUUUGGGCAUUUGCUGUGUAUCAAUGGAUUGGAGAUGGGUUCGGACUUAGCUGGGCACCUUGUCAUGGAAUUUUGGAAUCGUCUUUGUUCCUGCUUGCAAGCCAGGAAAGUUAGCUUGAUUGAUUUAGCAAAGCAUAAAAGCAUGGAUAUGAGGCUUCUUCAUGGGGUAGCAUAUGGACAAUCAUGGUUUGGUCAAUGGGGUUACCAUUUUGGUCGUGGAAGCUUUGGUGUGACACAACAAAUGUAUCAAAAAGCUCUCGAUGCACUCCAAAACAUUCCUCUGUGCAUCAUUGCUCAAAACAUUGGCACUUCAAAUAUGGAGAUACCACUUAUGUUAUCUAGAUACCAAACUCUUUCUAGCCGUUCAUUGGUAACCCUUAGUGAUCUACUACGUUUCAUGUUAGACCUCAAGUCAAGGCUUCCCAAAGAGAGUACUCUACAUACAUACAACCCUGGGAUUUUAGUUGAGAAUUCUUGUAGAUGGUCACCAAAACGUAUUGAAAUGGCUGCUCGGGUGAUUGUUGAGUCAUUAAAGAAAGCGAAAUUUAGAUGGGUUUCAAGGCAAGAAGUUCGUGAUGCUGCACGUGCGUAUGUUGGUGACACGGGUCUCCUAGAUUUUGUUCUCAAGUCUUUAGGGAACCAUGUUGUUGGGAAGUAUUUGGUCAGACGCUGUUUGAAUCCAGUGACCAAAGUUUUAGAGUAUUGUCUAGAAGACAUUUCAAAUGCUUUACCUAAUCAAGAAGAGUUCAUUACAAAUGACUCCAAGUUGAAGACUCGGUGCAAGAUCUCCAGGGUUCAACUUAUGAGUGACAUGUUUUGCAUCUAUAGACACAUACUUAAAGGUCAAACAAAAGACAUGGAUACCACAAUAACAUCUACAAUUUCACUUGCUUCCAGAAUAAUCCUUGAUUCCAAGUACUUUGUUAAAGAUUACAGUAAAGAAACACCUUUGAAACUUGAACCAGAAGUAGGAGAAAAAUCCAAACUUUAUUGCACCAUCACAAUACAAGACAUUGAAGAGAUCAAUAGUCAUGAGGAGUGCAGAAAAAAGCUAGUUACCACACCAUACGAGACCAUCAUGCUAAGAAACAAUGCGACAUUCAAUGAUCUUGUAGAUGAAGUUGAGAAAAACUUUAAGGAGAUAUAUUGGGGAUUAAAGAGCUUCAUGUUUGGGUCCAUAAUGAACUUAAAUCCAAAGGGAUCUGAUCAGGUGUUUAGGGUAACGAGAUCUGGUAGCAGACUUGUUUUCCAAGGUAAAUUGGUUGAAACAGGAAUGAAUCAUGAAAGUAUAUAUGAAAGUGGGUCGAGACAAAGCUUUAUUGUGGAUUGUGCUUGUGGAGCGAAAGAUGACGAUGGUGAACGAAUGGUUGCAUGUGAUAUUUGUGAAGUCUGGCAGCACACACGAUGUUUGAAGAUACCAAACAAUGAAGAAAUUCCAAAUAUAUAUGUUUGCAACCGAUGCGAACAAGAUAUUUUAGUGUUACCAGCACUACCAUAG